AUGGGCAGCUCUAAUAGGGCUACUUGGUCCCGGAAACGGCAGACUACCCUAGCAUUUGCGCCUAUCGCCUCAUCUUCAUCGCCUACUGGAGAACGAAGCCCUGCCCGGGUGAAAUAUCAGAGUGCGUUUAGUUCUCCGCUACCUAAAGCGCCAUCACUUACCGCGAAAAAAUCUACUCCCACGCCUCAGGCGAAGCCAUCACAGCCAUCCUUUCUCCUUUCAUCUGAUGAAGAACCUAUUCGUCUCCCUUCUAGCGCCAAGUCAAAAAUGACGAAGCGGCGCAUCUCAGAUGUUAGUAAAUCUAGCACUGAAGAGAGCGAUGCUGUUAUUCCCUCUUCACCUGUGAAGCGCAGGAGGACAAAUGUGCAGGUUGUCAUUCCCCAGGUCUCGAAUUUUGUUGGUAAGCCAACAAUAAGUCAAGACUCGGAGUCUGAUAUCGUUCGUUCAUCUCCGCUACGAAAACGGAGGAAGACCCUAAAGUGUCGCCCUACAAGGAAAGAUGAUAAGGAAAGGUCCGAGAGUGACGAAUUUGCAGGGAAGGGGAAAAGCAGGUCAAGGCAACAUAAAAUUGAUCUGCAAGAGGACCUUGACGAGCUUCGUGAUUCUGAUGUUAUUGCGGGCCGGACAAGGGGAACACCCACUGUGUCAGCUGCAAAAGCAAGGAGGCAACAGCAGCUAGAUCUCCUCAAACGUCGGCGUGCUGGGGGGAAGCAUCACGAGCCGGUAGAUGCUUCGGCCGAAAACGGCGACAAAGAAGAAAAUAGUUCCGCCUUAGAGGACAAGGCUAAGAGCUCAGACGGAUCGGAUAACACCGACGAUUCUGAAAACUCUUCAUCGUCGGAGAACCCACAACUAGACGCGGAUAGCGACAUUGGACCACCUGUAUUAGAAGAUCUAGAUAAAUAUGAAGACGACUUUAUCAUCGAAGAUGAUGAUGAUGAGUUGGGUGUGCCGGCAGAUGAAGUUGAGGUUCCGUUUGAAUUUACCAGACACCGGUACAAGAGACUCAAGGACCAUUUUAAGGAUGUCAUUGAAUGGAUGGUUCACAACAAACUAAACCCGGCAUUCCAUCGGGGUGAUGCUGUCUACGAAAUGGCAUUCAGGAAAGUUAAAGACGAGGUUACAGGGCUGGCUGGGUCUCAGUUCGUGUCUUCCGUCUGGAAUAACGACUUCCUAAGCGCUCUCAAAGCCAGGCCACGGAUAGUAGUGCUCCCCUAUCCAAUCACAGAGGGACAUCCAUGUGAUGCGUGCAACAGAUCAAAGCACCCGGCAUCGUAUGAUGUCCGAUUUGACGGGCCCCCAUAUAUUCUUGAGACGCUAGAACCGGUAUCUCCAGAUGACAAUAGUGAAGAAGACGAAUCCCAGGAGGAAGACCGGGGCAACGUUGAUAGUGAAGGGAACGUGAUACCAAACGAGGACACGCACUUUUAUCUAGGAAGCUACCUGGAACAUAAGGGUAUCUUUGAGGAUUCUGAGAUUCUAAAACGAGAACAUUGGAGCCACAAAAAACGCACAAAAUAUACCAAUGAAGUUGUUGACAACAUGGGGGAGGUCGGAGAGAUAGAUCGUUUGUGGAGGGACUUCAACCUUAAUCUCAAGACCGCGCGAGCCUCAACGACGACGUCUCGAUGGUAA